AUGCCGUCCUCGACUGCCUCCGGGUCGGCCGUUGUGUACAAUCUGGCAGACUGGAUCCCUGCCCACGAAAGGCCAGACUCUGCACUCGCGGUGGAGGACUUCGUCUCCCUUGAAGAUUUACGCUUUAAAAGCGUCUUCGACGACGGCCUCUACGACAACCAGGACCUGGUGCCGGCUGGCCUCCUCCAAGCAUACUUCGAGACGCAGCACCGUCUGGACAGGAUCUACGACGAGGGGAGCGGGUGGGCGUACGUCAGGGCCCGCAACAGCCUCUACCCCGAGUGCGACGGCGGAUCCCGGAAGAACCAGCUCAACAGGGCGAGCGACAAGCUGAUCCAGCUGGACGAUGCCGUCCCCUUCGUCGGCAGCAGCCCGAGCAUCUCCACCGGGACGCAGCCCGAGGGCCCGGACCUCCUCUUCGCAGACCUCUGCUCGGCCCCCGGCGGCUGGUCGUACACCAUCCUGGAGCGCUUUCCGAGGGCCCGCGGGGUGGCCAUGAGCCUCUCUGCCGAUGGGGGGAAGGUCGGGCUGACGUGGGACCCCAGGCUCGAGCCCUUCAUCAGCAGCAGGAGGCUGAAGACCACGCUGGGGGUCGAUGGAACGGGGUCUGUCUACAACCCAGACAACGUCACCCUGUUGACACAGCUGCACGCCGUCGCCAGGGAGCUCCACGGGCCGUACGCCUUGUUUCUGGCCGACGGCGGCUUCCUCAUCGAAGGGCCCGGCGGUAGGAGACACGUCGAGCACCUUCAGGAGUCAAUCGUGGCGAAGCUCCUCUACAGCGAGGUCGUGGCCGGGCUGCGGCUGCUUAAGCACUCGGGAAAUAUGGUGGUCAAGAUGUUCGGCUCCUGCACGGUCCUCACGUCCCACCUCCUCUACCUCCUACUUGUCUGCUUCCGGGACCUUCACAUAGUGAAGCCGGGAAGGUCACGGAUCGUGAAUGAGGAGAAGUACAUCGUCGCCCGCGGGUACAAGGGCCUUCCGCGGGACGUCCUGGACCACCUGGUGGCGGUUCUCCGCGACUGGAACGAGCGCGACUCUGACGGCGGGCCCUGGUCGCUCACACGGCUCCUGAAGCCAAACGACUCGCCCGGCUACAAGCGGUACCUCCAGAUGCUCAAGGAGCUCAACACCACGCUCAUCUCCGUGUCCAACAAGGCGCUUGCAGGGGUGAUCGACCAGGCGGAGGACAUCCUCAAGAGCGGCGGCGCUCGGAGCAGGUCAGCGCCGCGCAGAAAGCUGAAGAUGUAG